GGAUCGUUGCGGAAGCAGACGGGGCCUGCCCGACAGUGUUUUGUUGUGUGUGCGCGAGUUUCAAGUCGGUGUCGAGGCGCUGCUCGCGACGUGUUUCCAUUUGCCAGCACAAUCAACUCUUCCGAUGCGUCCGAGGGCUCAUCGGCGACAACGGUAUUGCGCGCCCGAGUGUGUGACAGUGAGUGCGCGGCCAGUGACGCGCUGCAUUUCGCGUCAAGGUGUAUGCGCCUAGAGCAGGAGGCAAUCCCCGAGCGAACAACAGGUAGGCUCCAUCGACAGGCUCGGCAUCGGCCGGCCGCUCUUCUUUGUUCGAAAUGACAGCCAACACCUGAGAGCUCCUUGCGGCACCAGGAUUUUAACGGCAGCCCUCCGAGGAUAAACAACUGAUCAGAUGCCCGUUGCACACCAGGGCCGAUGCUGAGGCGGCGGCGGCUGUGCGGGGCUUUGCAGCUGCUCCUGCUGCAGCUCUGCGUGGCGGCGUCCCGGAGAGGAGCAGACCCCCCACGGUACAGAACGGCAUAUGCGUGUGAGGGCUCGCAGCUGCGCAUUUCGUGCGAUGAGGGCCACCUGGUGCAGCUGAUUCGUGCCAACUACGGUCGCUUCUCCAUCUCCAUCUGCAACGAGCACGGCACGCUGGACUGGAGCGUUGACUGCAUGUCCCCCCGCUCCUUCCGGGUAAUGCAGCAGAGCUGUGAUGUGAAGAAAGGUUGUACGCUACCGGCAUCGACAGACGUGUUUGGCGACCCUUGUCCAGGCACCCUCAAGUACCUUGAAGCCCAUUACCAGUGCAUUCCUGCUGAACUAACAACGGCCAGCAGUGCAGUGCGUCCGACACCACUCAGUCCAGGGGACCUGCUGCCACCAACGCUAGGCUCUGAGCAGCAAGCAGACCGUGUAGUGCCAAGGACACCCCCACCACUGCCAGCUGUCUACCAGAGGCCAGCGGACUUGAGCACCACCACAGUGGUGCCCACAGAUGCCGUGGAAACAUCCAGUACUGCAGCCUUGGAGCUUCUCUACUGCCAGCCAAUGGUAGCGAGAGACAUCUUCUGGAAUUGGACUCGAGCUGGUGAUGUGGCUGUCUAUCCUUGUCCGGGAGGCUCUAAAGGUGAUGCCAGGUGGCAGUGUGGUGUGAAUCCUGUCAAGUGGCUGUCCGAUAGGCCAGACCUUAGCGGCUGCAAUUCUUUUUGGGUCGGAGACCUGGAACAAAGAAUUUCGGGUGGCACUUCUGUGGUGAACCUGGGCAGUGAGCUCUCGCAGAAGACACGUGUCAAGUCACUGUACGGUGGAGACUUGCUGCACAUGACCAGCAUAGUGCAGCAACUCCUCUCGAAGAUGGAAGACGAACUGGACCAUGCAUCAGACAGCUACCAGCGGCAGCAAGUGGUGGAAGAGCUUAUGAACUCAGUAGUGGACUUCAGCAGCAACCUUCUGGAGCGCCACCAAGGCAGUGCCUGGGCUGACCUGCCACCCAUGGAGCAGAGGGCGGCAGCGUCGUCACUUCUUGAGGGGCUUGAACGUAACGCCAUGCUCAUGGUGAAAAGCCACAGCACCAACCUCAAUUACAGCCGCCUCCAAAAUAACAUCAUGGCAACUGUCAAAGUCCUGAGCAUCCAGAGUGUCACAGACAUGACAUUUCCGGACCCUUCUAUCAUUCGGGGAACAUCCUGGUCAGAUUCAGGAGAUUCCAUCUAUCUCCCUUACAAGACACUCCUGGAAAGUGCCAGAAAUGGAGUGGUGAAGGUGGCCUUCUUCUCCUACCGCCAAAUGGAAUCCAUUCUGUCAGCUUCCAAUCCAACAGAUGCUGUCUCAAACAGCACUGUGCGCCUGGUCAACUCCCGAGUAGUGGCAGCUGCCUUGGGAAGGCGCAGGGUGCUCGGUCUUACCCAACCAGUUCUCAUUACGCUCAAGCAUAGCCAGGAGGAAAAUGUCAGUGAUCCCCAGUGCGUUUUCUGGGACUUCAGCAAAAGGGAUUGGUCUGAGCGUGGCUGUUGGGUGGACGCUUCCAAUGAGACUCACACUGUGUGUGCAUGUGACCACCUGACAAACUUUGCGGUCCUCAUGGAUGUCAGAUCUGUUCAGCUGACACACUCAAACGAACUGGCCCUGCAAGUGAUCACCUACGCUGGCUGUUUUGUUUCCAUCGUCUGCCUCGUCCUCACCAUAAUCACGUACCAGUUGUUCAGGGUCCUGGAGAGCGAGCGAAUGUUGAUCCACAAGAAUCUGUGCGUGUGCCUGCUGGUGGCUGAGGUGGUCUUCGUGGCUGGCAUCUCGCAGACCGCACAGCGCACCUUGUGUGGCAUUGUUGCAGGCCUGCUGCACUACUUCUUUCUGGCCGCUUUCCUCUGGAUGUUCCUUGAGGGAUUCCAGCUGUACGUCAUGCUCAUCGAGGUGUUUGACUCGGAAAAGUCGCGUCUUGGCUGGUACUACACACUUGCAUAUGGCCUGCCCGCUGUGAUUGUGACUGUGGCAGCCGCCAUUGACCCUGCCAGCUAUGGCACGCCGCAACAUUGCUGGCUCCGUGCCGACAACUACUUCAUCCUCAGCUUCAUAGGACCUGUGGUUGCCAUUCUUCUGGCAAAUUUGGUGUUUCUCAGCAUUGCUGUAUACAUGAUGUGUCGUCACUCCAGCCUAGCUAGCUCAGUCAAGAAUAAAGAACAGUCCAAGAUGGUCAACUUCAGAAUUUGGAUUCGCAGUGCAGCAGUGCUGGUUGUUUUGCUCGGUCUGACAUGGGGAUUCGGCCUGCUCUAUCUCAAUGCCGAGUCAGUCGCCAUGGCGUACCUCUUCACAUUCCUCAACAGCUUACAGGGCCUCUUCAUCUUUGUCUUCCACUGCCUCAGGAAUGACAAGGUGCGCAAGGAGUACAAGCAGCUGGUGGAGCACUGGCCGUGGCUGCCAUCAUGCCUGCGGAGCGAGAAGUCCUUGGAACGGCCAUCAUUCACACAUUCCAAUGGCACAGCCCACUCAGCUCCAUCCUGUGGCGGACUGCCUCACAGUCUUGAAAGUCAGUUCUGGUGCCCACCCAAGAACUCGGACUCUGUUGUCGCACAAUCAUCCUCACUUAGGUCAACUACACUAGGAGGUCACCCGUCUACAAGAAUGCCCCUGGACACGCGCACUACUCCUCGGGCGCGCGGUGCCAUUCUGGUGCUUCCGCGGCAGAGUGGCUGCGACGGCAACGAGCUGCAUCCACCACCGUACGGCCACUACCGCAACCCAGAUGUGUACCUGGACCACAUUUACGAGACCAUCGACCCGGACGAGUCUCCUGCACACGGCUUCAAGGGCCCUGAAGAAGAGUGCCACUCACGGAGCCGCUCAGAUGCCAGCCAGUCGGGCUCUUCUAGCCUGCUGGGCUGCGACCGAAGGCCACUCAUCCGGCACGCCUUCCACCAGCGGACAGAGCCCGCCACGGAGCUCGCCUCUGCCGAUCCGGCGCUCGUAAUGGCGGUCUUCGAAGGCGAUCGCGUCAAGUGCAGGCUGCAGCUGGUUGAUGGCCGGCCAACCAUGACCAAGCACCCCUGUCAGCCGUCAGCUCACCUCAGCACAGACUGCUGACACAUUCAGCAAUAUUGGAGCACUUGUGCCACGUCCCAGUGUUCGUGCGUGAUAGCCUGUACAUAGCUGACACUUUAUUUUUCACAUGUACGCUGUUUACGGUGCGAGCCAGUGAUGGUGUGCCUGCGUUGUGCCAGUGUUUUUCUCGCAGCACUUGUUUCACCGAAGGUGUUCUGUGGUUACAAAGCAAUGCUCAACAGCUGUCAGUGCUGCCCUCCUUCCAGUUUGCUACUUCAAUGUUGUGACACUUCCAUCAGUUCCUAGGUUCUUUUCUCGUUCUCUGUACCACCGUGCGAGACAUUCAGGAAAAAAAGGGACCUCUCGUGUCUUGCUCACUAUGUGCCAGGCUAAUGCCACUAAUUUUCUUGAGAUGUGUGUGUGCGUGCAAUCUUUCAUCAGUCACCACCGUCCUUCUUUUGCUAUCAGAACAGGGAGGUUGUGUCCAGAGUUCUGGCAGUUUAUGUCUCCCAUCAUUCGGUGUUGUUUUGAAAAUGCCCUAGUCGUCUUAUUGCAACAUUAAAAAAUAAACAACACUGUGAUGGUUGCAUUAAAUGUCCUUAUCA